AUGGGUUCGUCCGCGUCAAAACAAUCAGGGAGGAGGCUAGCAAAGACUGCGUCUGAGAACGUAAGCAAAGCGGUUUAUAAAUCCAAUCCAACGCGGUUUACGGGUAACGAAGUUCCCCAACAGCAGCAGCCGCUGCAGCAACCAGACUUUGACCAUCAUCAUGAUCACCAACACCACCACACAUCAACGUCGAGUCCCCUCAGUAGCACAAUUCCAGAAAGCGUCACGCCAGAUGAGAGUCUAAAUCAAAAGCAAACGGCAUUUAGAGCCAACACCUCUACAACAUUUGACCCAAGGUAUUUGCACCUGAAAAUCGGCAAGUCUCGCACGGCGCCUGCGGCGGGGUCUCCUGGGUCUGCUGGUAAUGUGCCCGAAGGUAAAGACGGCGGAGAUCCACAUGAACAAGGUACCUCAACCUAUGACUCCGGAUUCAUUGACUCGCUCAACAAAUUGGGAAGACAGAUUGAAUCGCACGAAUUCAAGGCCGCCACCACAAACCCCAAUGCGCUCCCCUUGAGACAACUACGGUCGCGCAAGAGACUCUUCGAAAUGGGCGAAUCCGAAAUCAAGCAUCAAAUGGCUUCGGGUUCGGGUUCCGAAGCGGAGCUUCAAAAGACCAUGGUGCAUCCCCAGACCCUAACUGCCAUCUUGCGAGAUUUAAAGGAUCCACGCAUUGAAGAGGCAACUAUCAUCAAGGAUUACCAGUUGACUCCCACUUUCUUAAAGGAGUUGGGCUCGAUAUUCCGCGUCCCGACAAAUGCUGUGCCCUUUGAAGAAGAGACGAAGGAAAAUGAAGUUGGCCACAAAACUGUACCAAGACAAAGAAAGCUUAUUCAUGAACAGGAGGAUGAACCUCGGGACGGACCAGAGUCGGUUGACCUGGCAACUUAUUCAAAGUUAAAAAGAAGAUUGAGUAUUGACGAUUGA